UCCGGCAAAUGUGUAUUGUGUCGAGCCAUAUAGAUCUCCAAUAGUCGUCACGUCAACAUGGCGCGUCUCGAGAUCGUGCAAUUUUUGGCCGUUAUUGUGAUCAUCGUACAACAUUUGACACAUUUGGUCGAAUGUGAAGACAAAAGGAUCGUAAUUUUUAUGCCCCGGCGGAUAAAAACAAUACAUCACCACCAUCACCACGUGGUACUGAUGGAUCCAAAAAUGAAAACUAUGACGCACACAAAACCGUACUCGGAUAGGUCAUUGUCGUCAUCUGUCUCGUCCUCGUCUGCCGAGGUAGACUAUCAGCAGCAACGAGAUCACCAUCGUCACUAUCAACGUCAACGACAGCAACAGCAGCAGCAGCAGCAGCAACAGCAGCAGCAAUCCGAAGAAGCCGAAAGUCAUCCGCUGUCGUACUUCCAACAGCGCACGACCAUUAGAACCAGCGAUCCAAACACGAUGUAUCCGAUCUCACGACCGCAGCCGUUGCAGACGUACUCCACUUGGCCGGCCAGGCAGAAGAGGUCCAAAGUCAUAGCUAGAUUGGUGUACAACCAUUAAACCCACUGUUUUUUUUAAAUUUUAUUUAUUUUCCACUCUCGUUGUUCGUUUCAUAUACUUUUUUUAAUAUAAAAUGUUUACAGUUGUACUUUAUAUUACAAAAAUUCCUUUGGCGUACAUAAUAUAAGAGUAGCCGUGUAGGAUGAGGUUGCUGUUAGCGUCAAAUCAUACGGAUAUUACAAUACUUAUAAUAAACAAUUUCGUACCCAAUACUUGACAAUGAUAUAUUUUUUAAAUAGUUUCUUUGAAAAACUCGGUAAUGUAUUCACAAAAUUAAUUUUUAAUAUACGGCAACCAAUCCAAUGACCAUUAACUUGGCGUGCAUUUAGUACGAAGACCGAUUUAUAGUUCUAUUAAAUAUCUGCAGUAGACUGAGUAUGCUCAAUAGCAAAGUUUUUAAUUAUUUUCAACUACUGCCAUUUUGUUAGAUAAUAUUACAAUUUAUAGAAAAAAACAUUGAAUUCGAUCAUCGUUCAAAGAGACAAAAAAAUAAGGUUUUUAUGCGGAGUGAUACCAUUGCAUAUUAUAAUUAUUGGCGCCUAUAGAUAUAUAAAUAUAAUAUUAAUAGGCAGUAGUAAUAAUAGCGUGUACUGUGUACUAUAAUAUAUAGUUAAUAUAGAUAACAAUUGUUUUAUUUUUCAUUUUAUUUUAAUAAUCUGCAGUGUACAUCAUUUUUUUUACAUUUAUUAAUUUUUAUUAGUAUGUAUAUAUAUUAUAUAUUUUUAUAUACUAUUUUACUGUACUAAUAAAUCAUACAUGAUAAAUGUAAUAGUUAAUAUAUA